AUGGAGCUCAAUUUUUCUUCGAUGGCUUUAGCCAACAACAAAACCCCUUGUCUCGGCCUUAUACCCACUGGAACACUCUCAAGCCCAUCAAAAUCUCUGUCCUUGGCUUCUCAUCAUCCGCUUCCCAGAGUUUCAUUCUCCCUUUCUUCUACUGAUUCUCUCAAGCUAAUCACUUCGAGAAAAGUGUUAGCAAUGGCUGCGUCGAGUUCCAGAGACUUGGAGAUGUCGAAUUUAACGGCAUUAUCGCCUUUGGAUGGACGUUACUGGGGAAAAGUUAAGGAAUUGGCCUCUUCUAUGAGCGAGUUUGGGUUGAUCUAUUUCCGAGUGCUUGUCGAGAUCAAAUGGCUUCUGAAGCUUUCGAAGAUUCCUGAAGUCACCGAAGUUCCGAGCUUUAGCAAAGAAGCUGAGAUGUACUUGCAAGGCAUUAUCGAUGGGUUUAGCAUUGAUGACGCGUUGGAAGUUAAGAAGAUCGAGAGAGUAACGAAUCACGAUGUGAAGGCAGUGGAGUAUUUCUUGAAACAAAAGUGUGAAUCACAUCCAGAGAUUGCUAAGCCAGCUUCGCCUACAACUUUGGGGAAGGAGAUGGCGAUUUUUGCUGUGAGGUUAAGUGAAGAAAGGAGAUAUCUUGCAGAGACUAAGCUUAAGGGGAAAUUUGCUGGUGCUGUUGGGAACUAUAACGCUCAUAUUUCCGCAUAUCCUAAUAUCGACUGGCCUCAUGUCGCAGAGGAGUUUGUUACUUCUCUCGGAUUAACAUUUAACCCAUACGUGACUCAGAUUGAACCUCAUGACUAUAUGGCUAGACUUUUCAAUACAAUCAGCCAAUUCAACAACAUCUUAAUUGAUUUCGACAGAGAUAUAUGGAGCUACAUAUCUCUAGGGUACUUUAAACAGGCAAGUAUAACUAAAGCGGGUGAAAUCGGAUCAUCAACAAUGCCUCACAAAGUGAAUCCUAUUGACUUUGAGAACAGUGAAGGGAAUCUAGGGAAAGCAAAUGCAGAGCUUACUUUCCUCAGCAUGAAGCUUCCCAUUUCACGAAUGCAGCGUGACUUAACAGAUUCAACUGUCUUGAGAAACAUGGGUGGCGCUUUAGGACACUCUCUUCUCGCUUACAAGAGCGCGAUACAGGGAAUCGGGAAGCUUCAGGUUAAUGAAGCUCGGUUAAAAGAAGAUUUGGAUCAAACUUGGGAAGUCCUUGCUGAACCGAUACAAACUGUGAUGAGGAGAUACGGUGUUCCAGAGCCGUAUGAGAAACUGAAGGAGCUAACAAGAGGAAGAGCUGUGAAUGAAGAAAGCAUAAGAGAGUUUAUCCAAGGUUUGGAUUUGCCUGAAGAAGCAAAGUCUCAGCUUUUGAAGCUUACUCCACACACAUACGUUGGUGCUGCUGCUGCAUUGGCUUUGGCCGUCGAUGAAGCUGUACACUUGGGACAUUGA